AUGCGGUACUGAAACUGCAGCCUCGGGUUGUGUAUGAAUACCUUUCUCACCUGAGGUGUUGCUAUGUAUAAAAGGCAAUCCAUCGGCAUGUGCUGCCAUUUUGUAAAAGCAGAAACAUCUUAACACGAGUAUCGAAGUGUUGGGUUUCUUUGAUUUAGAUUUUCUUGAUGGAACGUGGAGAUCACCUUCAUGAAGAUGUGUCCACAGAUGCAUUUCCACACAGUUCAGUCCAGAAGCAAAGACCAAAGUCACCUGAACCCAGCUGUGUGUCUGAAAGAAGUGACUGGUCGAUGGAUCUUCCAUGUAACUUUAGUGGACACACUGAUCCUAGGUUUAGACCGGAUCCUCCAGAACACAGCUGUGUGUCUGUAAGAAGUGACUGGUCGAUGGAUCUUCCAUGUAACUUUAGUGGACACACUGAUCCUAGGUCUAGACCAAAUCCUCCAGAACCCAGUUGUGUGUCCAUGAGGAGUGACUGGUCGAUGGAUCUUCCAUGUAACUUUAGUGGACACACUGAUCGUUUGUCUAGUUCAGUCCUGAAGCAAAGACCAAAGUCACCUGAACCCAGCUGUGUGUCUGUAAGAAGUGACUGGUCGAUGGAUCUUCCAUGUAACUUUAGUGGACACACUGAUCCUAGAUUUAGAUCAAAUCCUUCAGAACCCAGCUGUGUGUCCUUGAAGAGCAACCGGUCACUAGAUCUGCCACAUAACUGUAGUGGACACACUGAUCUUAGCUAUAGCCAUGACCCUCAACAUGUUCUCAAAACAUUCAGAUCAAAUGUGAGGAAGAAGUUUGAGUGUCUGUAUGAGGGAACAGCGACACAGGGAAACCCAACACUGCUGAAUGAGAUCUACACAGAGCUCUACAUCACAGAGAGUGAGAGUGGAGAGAUCAAUAAUGAGCAUGAGGUGAGACAGAUUGAGACACAAUCCAGGAGAGCAGCAACAGAGGACACACAGAUCAAAUGCAAUGACAUCUUCAGACCUUUACCUGGACAAGACAAACCCAUUAGAACUGUGCUGACAAAGGGAGUCGCUGGCAUUGGAAAAACAGUCUCUGUGCAGAAGUUCAUCCUGGACUGGGCUGAAGGGAAAGAGAAUCAGGACGUCCAGAUCAUAUUUCCACUUCCUUUCAGAGAGAUCAACUUGAUGAAGGACAAAACACUCAGUCUUUUAGAACUUUCAUGGAUUUUUUUCCCUGAGACCAAAGAAAUGAGGGUUUUCAGUGAUGAGUAUAAAAUGUUGUUCAUCUUUGAUGGUCUGGAUGAGUGUCGACUGUUUCUGGAUUUUCAGAGCAAUGUGAGGUUGUGUGAUGUAAAUGAAUCGGCCUCAUUAGAUGUGCUGCUGACGAACCUGAUUGUGGGGAAUCUGCUUCCCUCUGCUCUCAUCUGGAUCACCUCCAGACCAGCAGCAGCUGAUCUCAUCCCCACUGACUGUGUCCAUCGAGUAACAGAGGUACGAGGCUUUAAUGAGCCACAGAAGGAGGAAUAUUUCUGGAAGAAAGUCAAUGAUCAGAGUCUGGCCUACAGGAUCAUCUCACACCUGAAGUCAUCAAGGAGCCUCUUCAUCAUGUGCCACAUCCCAGUUUUCUGCUGGAUCUCAGCCACUGUUCUGGAGAAGAUGUUGAGUCAAGCAGAGAGUGGAGAGAUGCCCAGGACUCUCACUGAAAUGUACACACACUUCCUGAUCAUUCAGACCAACAUCAAACAUGGGAAGGACUAUGAGAAUAACAUGAAAGAUGAAGACAUGAUCCUCAAACUGGGAAAACUGGCUUUCCAGCAGCUUGUGAAAGGCAACCUGAUCUUCUAUGAGGAAGACCUGAGUGACUGUGGCAUUGAUGAGACUGAAGCAUCAGUUUACUCAGGAUUGUGCACUCAGAUCUUCAGAAAGGAGUUUGGCUUGUAUCAGGGGAAAGUCUUCUGCUUUGUUCAUCUGAGCAUUCAGGAGCAUCUCGCAGCUCUAUAUGUGCUGCUUUCAUUCCUGCUGUACAAGAGAGAUGUGCUCAAUGAAAGCCUCAGCUCAAAAUAUGCACAUGAGUUCACAUGUCACACAAUAUCUGACCUGCAUCAGAGAGCCGUGGACAAGACUUUACAGAGUAAGAAUGGACAGUUGGACCUUUUCCUCCGAUUUCUUCUGGGUCUCUCACUGGAGUCUAAUCAGAUGCUUGUGAAAAGCCUUUUGACACAUGUUAGAAACAUCUCGUGCAGCAAAGAGAACACGAUUGAGUACAUUAAAAUGAGAAUGAGAAUGAAUGAAUCACCAGAGAAAUCCAUCAAUCUGUUCCAUUGUUUAAAUGAACUGGGUGAUCAGUCUCUCGUAAAUGAAGUCCAGAAGUAUCUCAGAUCUGGAGAUCUUUCAAGCACAAGAUUGUCCUCGACACAGUGGUCAGCUGUUGUCUUUGUUUUGUUGACCUCAGAGCAGCUGGAUCAUUUUGAUUUGAGUAAAUACAUAAGCAGCAGUUACGAACAAAACCCCAUAACAUAUAAUGAAGUUCUUCUGAAGCUCUUGCCUGUAGUUGAAGCCUCCAGAUCAGCAGAGUUGGUUAAUUGUGGCAUCGCAGUUGAAGUUUGUGCUUCUCUGAGUUCAGCUCUGAGAUCAAACUCUUCAAACCUGAGAGAACUGAAUCUGUCUGAAAAUAAUCUAGGAGAUGCAGGUCUAAAGCUGCUCUCUGAUGGACUGAAGGAUCCUCACUGUAAACUGGAGAUAAUGAAGUUGAGUCAGUGUGGCGUCACAGAUGAAGGUUGUGCUGCUCUGAGUUCAGCUCUGAAAUCAAACUCCUCACACCUGAGAGAACUGGAUCUGUCUAAGAAUAAUGUAGGAGAUGCAGGUGUGAAGCUGAUCUCUGAUGGACUGAAGGAUCCUCACUGUAAACUGGAGAUACUGAAGUUGAGUGAUUGUGGUGUCACAGAUGAAGGUUGUGCUGCUCUGAGUUCAGCUCUGAGAUCAAACUCACACCUGAGAGAACUGGAUCUGUCUGGGAAUAAACUAAGAGAUAGAGGUCUGACACUGCUCUCUGAAGGACUGAAGGAUCGUCGCUGUGAACUAGAGACACUGAGGUUGAGUGAUUGUGGCACCACAACUGAAUGUUGUGCUGCUCUGAGUUCAGCUCUGAGAUCAAAAUCCUCACACCUGAGAGAACUGGAUCUGUCUGGGAAUAACGUAGGAGAUGUAGGUCUGAUGUUGCUCUCUGAUGGACUGAAGGAUCCUCGCUGCAAACUGGAGAAACUGAAGUUGUUUAAUUGUGGCAUCACAGAUGAAGGUUGUGCUGCUCUGAGUUCAGCUCUGAGAUCAAACUCCUCACAGCUGAGAGAACUGAAUCUGUCUGUGAAUAAACUAGGAGUUGCAGGUCUGACGCUGAUCUCUGAUGGACUGAAGGAUCCUCACUGUAAACUGGAGAAACUGACGUUGUGUGGUUGUGGCGUCACAGAUGAAGGUUGUGCUGCUCUGAGUUCAGCUCUGAGAUCAAACUCCUCACACCUGAGAGAACUGGAUCUGUCUGAGAAUAAACUAGGAGUUGCAGGUCUGACGCUGAUCUCUGAUGGACUGAAGGAUCCUCACUGUAAACUGGAGAAACUGACGUUGUGUUAUUGUGGCGUCACAGAUGAAGGUUGUGCUGCUCUGAGUUCAGCUCUGAGAUCAAACUCCUCACACCUGAGAGAACUGGAUCUGUCAUGGAAUAAACUAGGAGUUGCAGGUCUGACGCUGAUCUCUGAUGGACUGAAGGAUCCUCACUGUAAACUGGAGAAACUGACGUUGAGUUAUUGUGGCGUCACAGAUGAAGGUUGUGCUGCUCUGAGUUCAGCUCUGAGAUCAAACUCCUCACACCUGAGAGAACUGGAUCUGUCAUGGAAUGAUCUAGGAGUUGCAGGUCUGACGCUGAUCUCUGAUGAACUGAAGGAUCCUCACUGUAAACUGGAGAUACUGAGGUUGAGUUGUUGUGACGUCACAGAUAAAGGUUGUGCUAUUCUGAGUUCAGCUCUGAGAUCAAACUCCUCACACCUGAGAGAACUGGAUCUGUCAUGGAAUAAACUAGGAGUUGCAGGUCUGAUGUUGCUCUCUGAUGGACUGAAGGAUCCUCACUGUAAACUGGAGAAACUGAUGUUGAGUUUUUGUGGUGUCACAGAUGAAGGUUGUGCUGUUCUGAGUUCAGCUCUGAGAUCAAACUCCUCACACCUGAGAGAACUGGAUCUGUUUGGGAAUAAUCUAGAACAGUCAAGUGUGAAGCUGCUCUCUGCUUUAAAAGACGAUCCACAUCAUAAACUGAAGACACUGCUGUAAGUAGUAAUGAUUCA